AUGGCCUCAAUCGAUAGGCUGAGCAGCUUGCCAGACGACAUCAUAUGCCACAUUCUCUCUUUCCUUCGGACAAAGUUCUCAGUGACGACCAGCGUCCUCGGGAAAAGAUGGAGGUUUCUAUGGGCCCAUGUACCCUGUUUGGACUUCCGCUGGGACGAUAUCAGGGAAGGAGGAGGAACACAAGCCUUGGAAGUCAUCCAUAGGGUUAUAUUGCGGCACAAGUUAAAUAGAAUGGAUACUUUCGCACUUGAUCGCGUCAACUGCAACGAUGAUUAUCAAUUGGAGACAUUGAUUACAACCACCAUCGACCGUAGUAUCCGGAAUCUUUAUCUUGAUCUUAACUUCGUAACAUUCCCUCGACCCCUCUUCAACUGCAAAACCAUUGUCGACUUGAAGCUUGAUAACGUUCGCACUCCAAUCUCUGCUGUGAAUAUUGUCUCUCUGCCUAGCCUCAAGAAGUUUUUUGUUUAUAAUCUUAUAUGCGAGAAUGAUGAUGCGCUUCCUCACUUUCUUUCCGGUUGUCCUUCGCUCGAGGAGUUGAAUAUGGAAUUUCCGUUCAAGGAUGAAAGUGAUUAUGUUGGCUGCAUAAAUAUAUCAUCACCCACAAUAAAGACGCUUAAGCUCGAUCUUGGCGAUUUGUGUUUUCCAUCUGACAUUAGAUAUAGGAUUAUAAUAAAAGCCUCGGCCCUUAGGUAUCUCCAAGUGAGUGGCUAUAAUGGUUUGGGGUGUAUAACAAUUCCUAUAACCAUGAUCUCCUUAGUUGAGGGGGAUAUCAACUUACAAAUUUACAAUUCCACCGUGGGGAAGUUUUUUCAUUCUCUGUGUUAUGUAAAGUGCCUAAUGAUAUCAUGUCAGAAAUUUUCGGAGCUUGUUCUUAAAGGAGUUGCUUGUUCAACUGUGAAGUUUGAUAAUUUAUCCAAACUUGAACUCUGGUUGCACUUCAAAUGGAGUUUGCUUGUAAACUUCCUUGAAAUUGCUGAUAAUCUUCAAGUCCUUAUUGUUGAUUUUGUAAAGGUAGAUUUAUGUCUGGAGCCCGAACAAGUGCCUAAAUGCCUACUAUCAUGUCUAAGAACUAUAACAAUUAAGUGUAUUUGGUUCUUUGAGCCUGGAUUUGAUAUGGUAAGAUAUCUUUUGAGGAACUCUCGAGUAUUGGAGAAGAUGGAACUAUUUACGUCACCUGAUGGAUACAUUGAUGAGGAAACACAAUUUCAAGGGAUUAAAAGAAUUUCAUUGUUUGAGAGAGGAUCCAACGAAUGUCAGCUUGACUUCCAGACUGUUGAAUGGUUGGGCUGA